AUGAAUGGUGAUGUGGCUGAUGAUUUUACCACUCAAUACAACUCAGUUGUCACAACAAGUCUAGAGUUUGGGAAUACUUGGAAAAAUCUUGGAUCAGUUUGUUCAGACACAAUAAAUGAAACACUUCCAUGUAAUGCAAAUCCAUACUGCAAACCAUGGGCUGAGAGAAGCUGCAACUUAAUCAAGGGAGAUGUAUUCCAAGAAUGCCACAAAAAGGUGGACCCAACUCCCUAUUAUGAUGCUUGUGUUCAGGAAUCUUGUGUUUGUAACAUGAAGGGAAAAUACCUUGGAUUCUGUACUGCAGUGGCAGUUUACGCAGAAGAGUGUAGCAAAGCAGGUGUUUGUACUCGGUGGCGCACUUCAGAAAUAUGUCCUACAUCUUGUGACUUCUACAACAAACCAGAUGAAUGCACGUGGCACUAUGAACCUUGUGGAAGACAGCUAACAUGCCAAGAAGAUGGAAUAACAUCUGUAAUGGAAGGCUCAUUUUCAACAUUAGCAAUAUCAUCUGCACCAUUAAUUGUAAUAAUACUAACUACAGCAUUAAUCAUUACAGAAACAGUGCCCACAACAACACCAACAAUAACUACAGAAACAAAAGUUACAUCAUCAUUGACUACAGGGUUUUCUAUAUCAGAAAAAAGUAAAUUCACAACUAGUACAGAAACAACAACAUCAGCAACAACUUUUACAGAAAUAACAAGCACAAAAGCUACAACACCAGCUACCGCAACUAAAUCUACAACCACUACAGAAACGACCACAGCAACAACACCAACUACAGUUACUGAAACAAGCACAGAAGCUACAACUACCACAACUGAAUCUACAACCACUACAGAAACAACUACAACACCAACUACCACAACUGUAUUUACUACCACUACAGAAACAACUACAGCACCAACUACCACAACUGAAUCUACAACCACUACAGAAACAACUACAACACCAAGUACCACAACUGUAUUUACUACCACUACAGAAACAACUACAGCACCAACUACCACAACUGAUUCUACAACCACUACAGAAACUACAACACCAACUACCACAACUGUAUUUACUACCACUACAGAAACAACUACAGCACCAACUACCACAACUGAAUCUACAACCACUACAGAAACAACUACAGCACCAAGUACCACAACUGUAUUUACUACCACUACAGAAACAACUACAGCACCAACUACCACAACUGAAUCUACAACCACUACAGAAACAACUACAACUCCAACUACCACAACUGAAUUUUCUACCACUACAGAAACAACUACAACACCAACUACAACAACUGAAUCUACUACCACUACAGAAACAACUACAGCACCAACUACCACAACUGAAUCUACAACCACUACAGAAACAGCUACAACACCAACUACCACAACUAAAUCUACAACCACUACAGAAACAACCACAGCAACAACACCAACUACAGUUACUGAAACAAGCACAGAAGCUACAACUACCACAACUGAAUCUACAACCACUACAGGAACAACUACAACACCAACUACCACAACUGUAUUUACUACCACUACAGAAACAACUACAGCACCAACUACCACAACUGAAUAUACAACCACUACAGAAACAACUACAGCACCAAGUACCACAACUGUAUUUACUACCACUACAGAAACAACUACAGCACCAACUACCACAACUGAAUCUACAGCCAGUACAGAAACUACAACACCAACUACCACAACUGAAUUUACUACCACUACAGAAACAACUACAACACCAACUACAACAACUGAAUCUACUACCACUACAGAAACAACUACAGCACCAACUACCACAACUGAAUCUACAACCACUACAGAAACAACUACAGCACCAAGUACCACAACUGUAUUUACUACCACUACAGAAACAACUACAGCACCAACUACCACAACUGAAUCUACAGCCACUACAGAAACAACUACAACACCAACUACCACAACUGAAUUUACUACCACUACAGAAACAACCACAACACCAACUACAACAACUGAAUCUACUACCACUACAGAAACAACUACAACACCAACUACAACAACUGAAUCUACUACCACUACAGAAACAACUACAACACCAACUACAACAACUGAAUCUACAGCCACUACGGAAAUAACAACUAGCACAAAAACUACUACACCAAGUACCACAACUGAAUCUACAACCACUACAAAAACAACUAAAACAAAAACACCAAUUACAGUUACUGAAACAACAAGUACAGAAACUACAGCACCAACUACCACAACUGAAAUUAUGACCACUUCAAAAAAAACGCCAGAUUGUUACUGUGAUGGUGAUGUCACUAAAAGGCCUAAUGAUACAUGGAAAGAAGAUUGUUACAGUUUGACUUGCACUGCAGCUUGUAAAACUGAAAGAACGCUGGGAAGCUGUCCAGUGCAAUCUAAGCCGAAGUGUAAAAUCCAAAAGAAAAUUUCAGAUGGAUGCUGCCCAAAAUAUGAAUGUUUUUGUCAGUGUAAAGUAUAUGGCGGUGGCCAUUAUGAGACAUUUACUGGAGUUAACUAUGACUUCUCAGAAAACUGCACCUAUACGUUAAUUGAAGAAACUGAUCCACAAUACAACUUUUCAGUAAUGGUUGAUAACCGUGAUGUUGACAUAAAGAACCCAGGACAUUCCUCUCCAAAACAGAUUGUAAUAUUUUAUAAGCAGAACUCUGUGACAAUCUCAAGUAGUAAUAAGUAUGUAUACUUUAAUGACCAUGCAGUCAUUCCUCCACAUAGUGAAAAUGGAAUAAGCAUAAUUUCUAAUGGCAUGACCAUAACUGUUAGUAUUUCAAGCAUCAACACUUCAAUAAUUGCAUAUGAGUCUGAGUCGUAUGAGAUAUUAAUUCCGCAGAGUCUAUUUCAAGGCAGAACGAGAGGCCAGUGUGGUGUCUGUGGUGGUGAAACAGGAUGCGCAAGAAAGAACGGAAAGCUUGAGUCUGAAUCAUGCUGUUCUGCAACUGCUUAUGAUUGGAUAUUUGAUGAUCCCAAUAAACCAUACUGUAAAAAGGGAGAGCCUAGAAAGUGUAUACUAAUCUCAAAUCCACCUUCCCCUACGCUGCCAAGUUCGAAAACUGCUUCCCAAGACUGUACAUGUUCUCUCCUUGAUAACAAGCUAUUUGAUGAAUGCAGAGCCAAAGCAGAUCUUCAGCAAUAUAAAACAAAAUGUUUACAUGACACCGAUGUGAAAGGUGACAAGAAGGCAGGCUGUGCUGCCCUUCAGAUGGCCGUAGCAGAAUGUGCAAAAUUUGAUUACUGCAUUGAAUGGAGAAAUCAUACCUGUGGAAUUUGUGAUUAUUCUUGCCCUGGAGAUCUGGUUUAUGAUCCAUGCAGAGACAGUACUGAUGAUUUUUGCAGUGGGAGGGAUGUUCAUCCUGGCCAGACUCUUACUUAUCACUCAGAAGGAUGCUUUUGUCCUCCUGGAAAAGUGAAAAUGUCAGAACAUCUUGAGCAGUGUGUAAAAAAAUGUCCCAGUUGUCAUGGACCAAUAGGUGAACCAAAAUAUCCUGGAGAUACAUGGAUUUCCAAUUGUCAUAACUGCACCUGUAAUGAGUUCACAAAAUCUGAAGAAUGCAAACCAGUUUCGUGCCCACAAAUGCAACCAUGCAAAGCAAAUGAAAAGUUAAAGACAGCUAGCAGCAGUGAUACUUGUUGUCCAACUGCUGCAUGUGUGGAGAAAACGUGUCAAUACCACCAACAUGAAUAUAAGGAAGGUGAGCUAGUUCAAGAUGAUAAACACCCAUGCAUUUCAUAUACCUGCCAAGAUGGAGAAAUGGUAUCCUCAGUUCAGGAAUGUCAAAACCAGACACAUUGCCCAGAGGACAACAGAACUUACGAUGCAAAUAAAUGCUGCUACACAUGCAAUACAAAAUGUUAUCCUGCUCCAUACACAAUCACACUACAGAAGAACAACUGUUCAGCUGUUAUUUCACUUACAAAGUGUGAUGGUAACUGCAAUGACAUCUGGUAUGAUGCAAACACUGAGAGUGUUAUAUCAGUCUGUAAGUGCUGUGAACCAAAAACUUCAGAGAAAAGGAAUGCUAACUUAAUAUGCAGAGAUGGAACAAAGCUAAAAGUUGGUUAUGAUUAUGUGACAUCCUGUAACUGCAAUAGUUGUUCGUCACACUCAUAGUUUUGCUUAAUACAGAAUUAAAACAAUGCUACAUUGAAGAGAUGUUUUGGAAACAAAUAACAUUCCUGAAGAUUGCCUGCAACCACUGUUUUUUUUUCUGAUUGAUUCAUGGAAUGCUUUUCAGUGCUAUCUUUGAUUAACCAUAUGCGCUUCAUAUAUAACUACUUCAGAGUAAUGAAUAUGCAUAUCUUGUAAGCAAACUGUAUGUUUUUUCAUAUUACAUAUUCAUUAUGUUUAAUAAACUGAUGGUUUCCCUAAACUGUA